CAGCCAGCUCAAACCUGGAGACCAGAAAUCUCUGACCUCCUCCACACUCGCCAACUUCUCCAUUGAAGAAAUACCCCAGGCAGGGCCGGACCCUAGUGCUCCUGAUACUCCUUGAUGCUUCACGGCCCCAGCCCAAAGAGCAUCCAGACAGUCAAGCAGGCGAGCGGUGGCGGUCCCGGGCGCGGGCAGCCUCGGGCAGGGGUGCAGGGAGGAAGUCCCAGCUCGGGUGGGGGGGUAGUCCCGGUCCAGGGGCUCGGAACAGGGGACGACCGCGCUCCGGCCCGGAGGCUUCCAGCUACAGAGGGGCCUAGAAGGUCUCGGGACAGCGAGGUCCCAGGUCAUACGAAGUCCGAAGUGCCAGCCGUGGGGUAGCCGGACAGGGGGCUUACGGGAUGCACUUUGCACUGGGCCACCCCCGCCCCCUCCCUCCAGCACUUUGGGGUCACUGGGAUGGGACCAAGCCUUCAGCAGCCAAUCAGCGGUCGCCGUGGAGCCUGAGCCUGGAGCCGUAAACCAGGUUUCACUGAAGAAACGUCUUAGAGAUUCAUUGUACUUCUAAGAUUUAAUAUUUACAACUUGGAGUUGUUCAUAAGAUACGUUUUGGAAAUCACUAUGCAAGCUUUCUGUGAAGUUUUAGAACAAUUAUACAAGAAGGUACUUCGUGGAGCCACACUUGAAAAUGAGAGCCAUGAUUACAUCUUUUAUCUCAUGCCAGCAUUUCCAGACCAAGAUUGCUCUACAACCACCUCCUUAAAAUGGGCAAGCACCUUUGGUGUCCAGGGCAAGCACUGGCCACCCUCUGUUGGUGCGCCUUUGAGUCGUGUGGCACCAGUAUGUUUGAAGAUGAAUUCUCAAAUGAGCGGUGCCAGAGAAGUAACGCUCCUUCAGUUAACAGUGAUCAACACCAUGACAGCCAGGAUAUUGUCUGUUGAAACGGAGUUCCAUGCAAAGAAGAGAUACAGAGAUAUAAUUAAAAUUCUUUUAGAGUCAGCUGUACUUGACUCUAAAUUAAUCUGUAUGUUCCAAAAUUCUGAUAAAUUGUUAUCCCACAUGGCUGCCAAGUGCCUUGCAUUGCUUCUAUAUUUUCAAUUGAGAGAAAAGAUAACAUUAAGUAAUUUCUGGAUUGCUUUUUGCCAAGAAAAUCUUUCUGAAUACUCUGAGAGUGACAAAGUAAUGUACUGCCUCUGGACUCUUACAGCUGUAAUAAAAGAAAUCUUUAAAAAUAUAUGUUCACAGAAAAUAGAAAUUCUAAAGCAGUUCCUGAAUCCUUUUGACACUGUUUUAGAAGUAUUUUACAGUUCCUUAUUUUCUCAACAUUUUGAAAACUGUCAGAAUACUUCUAAAAUAAUAAGCAGCUUGAUGUGCUUCCUGGAGUUACUUGAGCUUCUUAUAGCCUCCAGAAUCUACCUGAAGUUACAUUUCACUUGCCAGAGGAUUUUAUUUUUGAAACCAUCUUGUGUGCUAGAAGUUAUUACCUGGCCGAUUCAGACUUUUGUCAAAAGGAAAUUCAUCAUAUUCAUCAAAAAGUGCCUUCUCCGUAAAGUGGGUGAAGACCUCUGCCGUGGACCUAUGCCUGCCUUAAUGCCACCAGACUGUCAUUUAGAGGUGGACAUUUUGGCUCUAGCUAAUGCUGUCUUGCAAGCUGUGAAUUUGGGGUUGUUGAAGACACUGUCUGUUCAUGGAAAACCUUCCUUUGGAGGUGAAGUUCAGCUUGGAUGUGACCAUGUCUCGGGUCCAGAUCACGUGACCCUUGGAGCAGUGAGCUUGGUUAUAAUGAAAUCCUUAGAAAUCAAGUUGCAGAAUUGUACUUCAGCAAAGGAAAUGAAAGUUGACUUACAGAGGUUCAUGUCUGAGUUACUGACCUUCUUAAAGCCUCAUCUUCAGCCCUCUCUGCAAAUGCAUGAUCCAUGUGAAUGGCUGUCUAGGGUCUUCAUAGAACAAGACGAUGACAUGCUGGAGGCAGCUAAAGCCUCAGUGGGCAUCUACUUAACACUGACCAGAGAAUGUGAAGCUACUGAAAGCUUGACCCAAGAAAAAGAAAUGUGGAAUCAUCUCUCACAUGAUAAUGGCUACAAUCCUCACUGUAUUUUCUUAUACUUCUUAAAAAAUAUAGGAUUUGAUUCUACAGUUCUUCUCGACUUUUUGAUUUCAUCGGAAACCUGUUUUCUUGAAUAUUUUGUUAGGUAUUUAAAAUUACUACAAAAAGACUGGAAUAAUUUCUUCACCAUUUGCAAGGACUUUGAUGUAGCUGAAUCUAAAUAUGACAUAAAUGUUUGUGAUUGUGUCCCCUCACUUGUCCAAGACCAAACUCCCAACCAUAGAACACCUCAUAAUUUGACUGCUCCUGGUAGUCACAUAAAUGCUUAUGCUGGGGUCUCCUGGGCUGCUGAUACUUCUUCUGAUCCACUGAACCAGGUUGUGAUGUCCAAGGAGACCCACACCUCGCAGGUUCGUAGUCUGUCUUCUCCAUGGGCGUCUCAAAGUCUGGUCGAUUAUGACAGUUCUGAUGAUUCUGAAGUGGAAUCCACAGACCAGUGUUUAGCUAGCAGUAAAGAGACAUCUUUACACCAAGAAGUAAGUAAGAAAAUUCAGGGUAAAGCUGGAACAAGCAGGGACAGAAAAGAACUUAGCCUAGGGCCUCCAUCAAGGCCUCUGCUUCCAAAAGAACUGGAUACUCCCUUCUCUGUUAAUUGCGAAAUGGCCCCAGAUAAUAUUGUCUCUAAAGUAGGAAUAUUUUACAGAAUAGUAAAAUGCUUUGAAGAACUACAAAAUGCCGUUUAUCGUUUGCAAACGAAAAAUCUUUUCCCGUAUAAUCCAACUGCACUUUUGAAGUUGUUAAGAUAUAUAGAGGCAAUGUGUAAUAAAAGUAUGAACCAUUUAUAAAACAAUGAC